GAUGUGACGGUGACUAUAUGCCAUGGUCAAGUGCACGGGGAAUUUGCAAAUUGUAAACAAGGAAAAGGGGGUAUCUGAAAAUGUUAGAAAACAGAGGUAUUGAUGAGCAAAGCCCUAAAGAAAGUGUACUCCAACGGGCGGGUCGCUAACUUCUCUCAUCGUAUCCUGCGGCUCCCUUCCCUUCUCCCUUUUAGAGCCCGACGCCAUGCUUUUCAAAGCCGCCCGUUCGCUCUCCCUCCUCAGAAAGCCCUUGUAUCUCUCCAUUCUACACGCAGCCUCAUCGGAGCGAUUCUACACGCCCUAUAGCGAUGUUGCGGACCGGAGCAGAACCAGAGCCACAUACGAACCAGAACCGAACCGCAUUCACCCCACCGCGAUUAUCCAAGCGGGUGCAGUUCUCGGGCAGCUGGUCUCUGGAAAGGGCAAAAGCAGGGGGUUGCUGGUUGCUGGGGAAGCACGAAAGGUUGCUUGUCGUUGGAGGCAGGUUGCGGGAGAUGGUGGAGAAGGGAGAAAAUAACUGUUGGCCUGAAUUUCAAUUGCCAGGUGUUUCAAUUGGUCCGUUCUGUACGGUUGGGCCGUCAGCAAAACUAGGGAAUUCAUGCCAAUUACAUCCAGGGUGUCAUGUUUUUGGCGAUAUAGAAUUGGGUGACAACUGCAUCUUACUAACUGGUGCUAUUGUGGGUGCAGAUCUUCCAGGGUUCACCAUCAUUGGAAGCAAUAACAUUAUUGGACACCAUGCGGUGGUUGGUGUCAAAUGCCAAGAUCUGAAAUACAAGCCAGGGGAUGAGUGUUUUCUUCUUGUUGGUGACGACAAUGACAUAAGAGAAUAUACUUCUAUUCAUCUAUCUUCCAAGUCAAGUGAUAAGACGGUUAUAGGUGACAACAAUCUUAUUAUGGGUUCAUGUCAUAUUGCGCAUGAUUGCAAAGUGGGUAACAACAAUAUUCUUGCAAAUAAUACUCUCCUAGCAGGCCAUGUUGUGGUGGAAGACUACACUCACACUGCAGGGGCCACUGUUGUUCACCAAUUUUGUCAUCUUGGAUCAUUUUCUUUCAUUGGUGGGGGUUCUGUGGUUGCACAGGAUGUCCCAAGGUACUUGAUGGUAUCUGGAGACAGGGCUGAGCUUCGCGGCUUGAAUCUAGAGGGUCUUCGACGGCAUGGAUUUUUAAAUACAGAGGUCAAAAGCAUGAGAAGAGCUUACCAAAAGAUAUUCAUGCCUAUCGAUGCCCAAACGGGUGGCAUUGAAGACCGGCUUGCUGAAGUGGUGCAAAAUGAAGAAUUAUCUAAUUUGCCCGUUGUUCACUCUAUGGUGCAAUCUAUCCGUGACUCCUUUGAUAAAAACCGUCGUGGUAUUUGCAAGUUCAGACACUGGAGUGGUUCCUGAAGGGCUGAUUAUGAUGAGCUGCUUGCAGAAUGAAUGGCCAAUUAAUGUUUCACAUUACACUGCAUUCUCUUUGCAAAUAUCUCCUCAGGGUAGCAUGGGUAUAUACAGGAUCUUCACUGUUUCUCUGUUCAAUCAACACCUCUUGAAGUAUUAGAUUAUGUCCAGCCACCCUUCGAUGUCUGUAGCAUUGCAAGUAAUCUUCAUGGUUGUACAUUAACAAUAUAUGGCAAAUUGUAAAACCAUACAACUGAUAUGGGGAAUUUUCUUUAUUCUACUGACUUCUAUCCUUUAUCAUUUUCAUAGAAAAAGAGGAACAAAGUUACCAAGGAUAUUUCAAUAUAUAAAUACAUUUGUUUCUUUA